AUGGUUAAUCAUCAUCGGACUCAUAAAAACAAACAAAUAAAAAGCCAACUAACCAUUUAAAGUGAGACUUUAACAUCAGAAAAAGGAUGGACUUGUUGCAGUUGCUGUAGCAUUCAAAGUCCAGGUGAUCAUUUCAAACCAAGUAUCAGCAACAAUUAAAAUAUUCACGUGGUAUCUGUAGUUUAAUAAUGGACCAACAUCAACGUUUGAAUAAAACAGCAGAGUCAGAAUCUUCAGAGAAAAAGAAAACAAGACGCUGCAAUGGAUUCAAGAUGUUCUUGGCAGCCCUGUCAUUCAGCUAUAUUGCUAAAGCACUAGGUGGAAUCAUUAUGAAAAUUUCCAUCACUCAAAUAGAAAGGAGAUUUGACAUAUCCUCUUCUCUUGCUGGUUUAAUUGAUGGAAGCUUUGAAAUUGGAAAUUUGCUUGUGAUUGUAUUUGUAAGUUACUUUGGAUCUAAACUACACAGACCGAAGUUAAUUGGAAUUGGUUGUCUCCUUAUGGGAACUGGAAGUAUUUUGACAGCUUUACCACAUUUCUUCAUGGGAUAUUAUAGGUAUUCUAAAGAAACCCAUAUUAAUCCAUCAGAAAAUUCAACAUCAAGUUUAUCAACCUGUUUAAUUAAUCAAACCUUAUCAUUCAAUGGAACAUCACCUGAGAUAGUAGAAAAAGAUUGUGUAAAGGAAUCUGGGUCACACAUGUGGAUCUAUGUCUUCAUGGGGAAUAUGCUUCGUGGCAUAGGGGAAACCCCCAUAGUACCAUUGGGGAUUUCAUACAUUGAUGAUUUUGCAAAAGAAGGACAUUCUUCCUUGUAUUUAGGUAGUUUGAAUGCAAUAGGAAUGAUUGGUCCAGUCAUUGGCUUUGCACUGGGAUCUCUGUUUGCUAAAAUGUACGUGGAUAUUGGAUAUGUAGAUCUGAGCACUAUCAGAAUAACUCCUAAGGACUCUCGUUGGGUUGGAGCUUGGUGGCUUGGUUUCCUUGUGUCUGGACUAUUUUCCAUUAUUUCUUCCAUACCAUUUUUUUUCGUGCCGCAAAAUCCAAAUAAACCACAAAAAGAAAGAAAAAAUUCACUAUCAUUGCAUGUGCUGAAAACAAAUGAUGAUAGAAAUCAAACAGCUAAUUUGACCAAUGAAGGAAAAAAUGUUACAAAAAAUGUGACUGGUUUUUUCCAGUCUUUGAAAAGCAUCCUUACCAAUCCCCUGUAUGUUAUAUUUCUGCUUUUGACAUUGUUACAAGUAAGCAGCUUUAUUGGUUCUUUUACUUACGUCUUUAAAUAUAUGGAGCAACAGUAUGGUCAGUCUGCAUCUCAUGCUAACUUUUUGUUGGGAAUCGUAACCAUUCCUACGGUUGCAACUGGAAUGUUUUUAGGAGGAUUUAUCAUUAAAAAAUUCAAAUUGCCUUUAGUUGGAAUUGCCAAAUUUUCAUUUCUUACUUCGAUGAUAUCCUUCUUGUUUCAACUUCUAUAUUUCCCUCUAAUCUGUGAAAGCAAAUCAGUUGCCGGCCUAACCUUGACCUAUGAUGGAAAUAAUUCAGUGGCAUCUCAUGUAGAUGUACCACUUUCUUAUUGCAACUCAGAGUGCAAUUGUGAUGAAAGUCAGUGGGAACCAGUCUGUGGGAACAAUGGAAUAACUUACCUGUCACCUUGUCUAGCAGGAUGCAAAUCCUCAAGUGGUAUUAAAAAGCAUACUGUGUUUUAUAACUGUAGUUGUGUGGAAGUAACUGGUCUCCAGAACAGAAAUUAUUCAGCGCACUUGGGUGAAUGCCCAAGAGAUAAUACUUGUACAAGGAAAUUUUUCAUCUAUGUUGCAAUUCAAAUCAUAAACUCUUUGUUCUCUGCAACAGGAGGUACCACAUUUAUCUUGUUGACUGUGAAACAGCAGUGAGCCGACAAUGGAGCACCAUGUGGAGUUUCAGCUCCUCUUGGGGAAUGGAGGACAUGCAACCAAACAGGUGGCUUCAAUUAAGAGAGCAGCCGCUGCCAGGAAAUACCAGAGGGAAAUCAUCAAACCACGAAGGAAGCAACGACAGGUAGAUGGGGUCAGUCCUGGAGACCCCUGGAGCAUCGCCAGAGAACACAGCCCCACUAGGCCAGCACAACCAAGAUUAAUUGAAAAGAAAGGCAGUAAAGCAUUGCAUUCUAUAGGUAUAUCUGUUGGUGAUAAAGCUGACUUUCCUUUCAAAGCUGCAAUGCAAAGUUAAAAAAAAGAAAAAAGAAAAAUAGAGAGCAUGAGACUGCUAUUUAAUGAGAUGACAACAGAGAUGUGCUUGAGAUAAUGACUUCCAAAUUGUGAAUGAGUCUGUAAAACCCUGAGCACAGCCCAUCUGACUAUGCUUAGAGUGUUCUCCGUGUACUUUGGAGCUUUCCUGCCCCCAUGCCUGCUGGAAUACAAGGCUGAUUCAUUCGUUCGAUUUAUCGUUGAAUACCUCCUCCCUAUCUUUUCAGAGUGCAACAACAAAGGGCAUGUUCUCUAAAAGCAAGGCCAGGAACAAACUCUUUUAAAAGCAUUGAGAGUUGAUUUUAAUGGGAAUGGAAUGGUCAAGGAGAAAGACAAAUGGGAACAUAUCUUUAGUUGGCAGCUGCUUUAAUUUAUUUCAUAUUAAUGCAAUCCCCUUCAAAGUCUCUGAUCCCAGAAGCAUUUCCAAGAAUCAUUUUUAAUUAGGGCAGAUUCUACACAACCAAAGCAUAUGAGAAGGUGAUACACUUAGGAGCUAAUUCAGGCAACUCUCCCUGUCUCCUCUGAAGAAUAAGAAUUGAAUAAUUAAGAAGCCAUGACUUGUCAAAAAUGGUAGUCUAGAUAAGUAUCUUCUCUAUUAUUUUGAUUAAUAUUUUAAAAUGUCUGUGGAAACUGUGAGUAAAAGGCCUAGUCAUCGUCCAAGUCAGAUGACUCCUGACUUACUCAGAGCUGUAAUUAAACCCCCUGCUGCUGCAGAGGCGACAUGGGAAAGCUCUGCCACUGCUUGGUUAGCAUCACCACAAAACCACGAUGAUCACUCUCAUGUUCCCAAAAGGUCUCAAAGAAGGUAUUUCCUCCAUUCCUGUCACAUUUUUGUUUCAGGAAUUCAGAUAUUCAGGAAAAUACCUUUGUAAAACUUGAUUGGCAAGCACAGACAUUUCGGUUCUAGGGUACAAGAAUUUCUGAUCACUUGUAUUGGGAUCAAUAGAAGAAGUAGAAAAUGAGGACUGAUAACAAAAAAUGUAAAAAAGCAAGAAAGUUGUUGAGAAGAAUCAGAGUGUUAUUGGGAGAUUCAAGAAGACAAAAAUAAACUAAUGUAAACCAAAAAAUAAACUGAGUUGUCUAUACCUUCUAGGAGGGUACAGGGAACACGAACUUUGAUCUACAAGAUAUAGCCAAAAUUAGAGGGACGCCCCUCUCUGCAGACCUUAUGCAGCUCACAAAUCCUAAAAUAUUUACUAUCUGAACUUUUACAGAAAAAUUUGGCUGAUCCUUAAUCCAGAAAUAACCACCAUUAUUCUGGUGCCUCUUCUUCCCAAUCUCUAUUGAGCACUUGUGCAAAUUUUUAAGAAAACAAAGUCUGUGAUACUGCUGUUUAUAGUUUUUAUUGAUAUAUAGUAUUUGUGCAUAUUUAUUAAAAAUGUGAUAUU